GGUUCUGUUCUCAUCAAUGUUUUCCUCUGUUUACAGCCUUUCAGCAGAUUUGUCGAAACGGGCCGUAUCGCCCUCGUCGCCGAUGGCGAAUACAAAAACAAAUUGGUCGCUAUCGUUGACGUUAUUGACCAAACCAGGGUCUUGGUUGAUGGACCAGCAACCGGUGUCCCACGUUGCGCCAUCAGGUUGAAGCAGAUCCACUUGACCAAGCUGACAAUCAAAUUCCCAUUCAACGCCAGCACAAAAAUUGUACAGAAGGCUUGGGAAGAUGCUAAAGUGACCGAGAAGUUUGGCACCACUGGAUGGGCCAACAAUUUGCAAAAGGAUGUUUUGCGUAACUCGAUGACCGACUUCGACCGCUUCAGGUUGGGAGUUGCCAGGUCUGCUAGGAACAAGUUGAGGACUCGCGCUUACUGCAUCUUGAGGAAAACCGCUCACAGGCAAGGUUACCUUACCGGCAAGUCCAAGACCAGCUCCAACAAGCCCAAGCCGUUGAAGAAGAAUGUUCUGGCCAAGAGACAAGCUAAGACCGGCAAGAAGGUCGCCAAGAAGUAAAUUUAUACACAAAAAAAAAUCAAACAAAUAAAAGUUUAAAAUAAG